UCUGAGAAUAAUUUAAUUACAUAAAUAGGCUACAAUGGUCAGUGAAAGCAAAGAAGUUUGGCUUCGUCUUAUGUGUGAUUUCCCGCCAUGAAAGAAACCAUGGAAAUCGAUUCCGAGAAAGCUUUCCAGAGAAAACAAUCAUCUUAUAACCCUUCGGAUGAGAAGUUUGAGAUUCGGAAAGAAACGUACAGGGGUCAACAGUAUAGUCAGAUUUACUUUGCUCGUCUUCAUAUGUUGAGGACUAUUCUCUAUUCCCUUGCUCCUAAUUGGAAACCGCAUUUACCAGUACGUACUGUUUUGGGAUUAGAAGAAGGGAAGGAAUGUAUAGUUGUUGGGACCUUGUACAAGCACAUGCAACUCAAACCUUCAAUUCUAGAGGAGUACUCUAAGGAGAGAACUGUUGCCCCACUGGUCAAGGUACAUAAUUUUAUGCACACUGAUGAUUACCUUGUCUUAGAAGAUGAAAGUGGAAGAGUUAAGCUUAGUGGCCAUGCUCUUUCGCCUCCCGUUUAUGUGACAGGAGUGGUUGUUGCUUUGCAUGGAAAAGCAGGUCCUGGUGAUUUCGUUGUUGAAGAUGUUUUGGAAGCUGGCCUACCACCCCAAAUUGAGACACCGCUAAAAUCAAAAGAAGACAAAUAUGUUGUUUUUGUAUCUGGGUUGCGAGUUGGAAGUGGCAAUUCUAACCCUCUCCAGUUUCAGCUUCUUGUUGAUCACAUAACAGGACAUCUAGGAGAUGAAAAGGAACAAGGUAUUGCAGCGCAAAUAGUUCAAGUUGUAAUUGCUGGAAAUUCAUUUGAAAUUCCUCGGGAACUUCUUAAUGGACAGACUUUGGCUUCAAAGGAUCAAUCAAGGUUAUCUGAGCCAAUCAAAGAGCUGGAUAUCUUGUUGACCCAGAUUGCUGCAGGUUUGCCUGUGGACAUCAUGCCAGGUCUUGAUGACCCUGCCAACUUUUCCUUACCACAACAGCCCUUGAACAGAUGUCUUUUCCCAGGAUCAUCAGCUUAUAACACAUUUAGAUCUUGUACAAAUCCUCACUGUUUUGACCUCGACAAUAUCAGAUUCCUUGGAACAUCAGGUCAGAAUAUUGAUGAUCUUGAGAAGUAUUCAGAAGCGAAGGAUAAACUUGAGUUUAUGGAAAGGACAUUGAAAUGGAGGCAUCUGGCACCUACAGCACCUAAUACUCUCGGGUGUUAUCCUUUCACUGAUAUGGACCCCUUUUUGAUUGAGAGCUGUCCUCAUGUUUACUUUGUUGGUAAUCAGGACAAGUAUGACAGUCGCUUAAUAACGGGAUCUGAAGGGCAAAUGGUUAGACUCAUUUCCAUUCCCAAAUUCUGCGAGACAGGCGUUGCUGUAGUGCUAAACAUGAGAAAUCUCGAAUCCCAUGCUCUCUCUCUUGGGACUCAAUUAAUCUCAUGAUACCAUACCAAACUACGAUAUGGUAAGUUUUGAAAAUCAAGUAAUGCCCUUUUAACAAGUGAUCAUCAAAGGAGUAGGCAAAAUGAAAAUAUUAUGUAGUUUAAAAAUUUAUUAAAGUAGUUUGAAAAACGAUCUCCAGUGUUGUAAUGGGUUCUCAAAAAUUAUUCAAUUGAUCUGGAUUUUUUUUGGUAACUUCAGGCCUUAGAAGUAGAAAAAGUUUCAAAGUUAGAUUAAGGAACUGGUGAAUGGUGAUUUGAUUGGAUGAAUCUAUGGAGCAUUUGCUUGCCUUGUCAUCUGAAUAUGUUAUUUACAAUACUCGGUAUUAAGAGGAGGCUUAUGAUGUUGUAUUUUCUUAAUUUUUGCUUUUGACUGUUAAGGUACUACGUUGACAUAUUUUCUGAUCUUAAGUUUUUAUUAAAAACAUAUUCAGUCAACGUAGUGAAUAAUCAAUACAAAAACUUUUUAAGUUUGUUCACUAUGUUUCAUUUCUUUGUAUUGAUUGUAUCAUCAAGACUAGAGUCUUAAGUGGUUCAGUAUAUUGCCAAA